AUGUCGACCGACUACGAAAAGCCCGGGACCGGCGAGGAGGACGAGCAUAUGCAGCAGCUCGAGGUACCCGACGAGAAGGUGCUGGACGGCGCGCUCCCGUCGCCCGUCUCCGCACCCGUGCCGCGCUCGUCCAAGUCCACCAAGCUCUCCGCCGCUGCCAUCAUCCCGAUAUGGAUCGUCCUCAGCUCGUCGGUCAUCAUCUACAACAACUACCUGUACAACACGCUAGAGUUCCGCUUCCCCGUCUUCCUCGUCACCUGGCACCUCACAUUUGCCGCCAUUGGCACACGCGUCCUGCAGCGCACGACGCACCUGCUCGACGGCGCCAAGGAUGUGCACGUCUCUAAGGACAUGUUCCUGCGUUCCAUCCUCCCCAUCGGUUUUCUCUUCAGCGGGUCCCUCAUCCUCAGCAACACCGCCUACCUCUAUCUCAGCGUCGCAUACAUCCAGAUGCUCAAGGCGUUCAACCCCGUCGCAAUCCUGCUCAUCUCGUGGACGUUCCGCAUACAAGACCCGAACAAGAAGCUCGCCAUGAUCGUGUUCAUGAUCUCUGCGGGCGUCGCGCUCGCGUCGCACGGCGAGCUGCGCUUCAACCUCAUCGGCUUCCUCACCCAGGCCGCCGCCGUCGCUUUCGAGUCGUCGCGACUGGUGAUGAUCGAGAUCCUGCUGCACGGCCUGAAGAUGGACCCGCUCGUGUCGCUGCACUACUACGCGCCCGUCUGCGCGCUCAUCAACCUGCUCGUGCUCCCGCUGACGGAAGGGCUCGCGCCAUUUUACGAGGUGAUGCGUGUCGGGCCGCUGGUGCUGCUGUCGAACGCGUGCAUCGCGUUCAUGCUCAACGUCGCGGCGGUGUUCCUCAUCGGUGCGGGGAGCGGGCUCGUGCUCACGCUCGCGGGCGUGUUCAAGGAUAUACUGCUCAUCACUGGCUCGGUGCUCAUUUUUGGCGCGAUGGUCACGCCGCUGCAGGUCGUCGGAUAUUCCAUCGCGCUGUGCGGGCUCGUCCUCUACAAGACCUCGGGAAGCAAAUAG